AAUUGUAUUAUUAUUAACUUUUCAAAAUAUUAUUUUAGGGUAUCGAAAUUAAAUACAGUGAUGAAGUUUUUCUUUUAUUGAUAUAACAGUCUACGAGAAAAGUUUAGGAAUUAUAUUAAGCUUAUAACGCAGUAAUUCAAGUCGUGAAAAUUAUUUUGGUUGCGUCAAUAAAGAGUAGAAAUGAGUAAUAUUUAUAUCCAGGAACCACCGACUACGGGAAAAGUGAUGUUGAAGACAUCAGUUGGAGAUAUUGAUAUCGAACUCUGGACUAAAGAAGCUCCCAAAGCUUGCAAAAAUUUCAUUAAAUUGUGUUACGAUGGUUAUUAUAACAAUACAAUAUUUCACAGGAUAGUCAAAGGUUUUAUCGCUCAAGGUGGUGAUCCUCUGGGAACAGGAGAAGGAGGCGACAGUAUUUACGGCCAACCAUUCAAGGAUGAAUUUCACUCGCGUCUGCGAUUUACUCGAAGAGGGCUGGUCGCGAUGGCAAAUGCGGGAAAAAAUGAUAACGGAUCUCAAUUUUUCUUCACACUCGCGGCCGCCCCUGAACUUCAAAAUAAACACACCAUUUUUGGAAAAGUCACGGGAGAAACUUUGUACAAUGUCUUAAAAUUUGAGGAAUGUCUCGUUGACCUCGAUGACAGACCACUGUAUCCACCAAAAAUUCUAAAAACUCAGGUUUUGAGUAAUCCGUUUGAUGAUAUUGUACCCAGUGAAGAUGCAAAGGAGAAGGAAAAGGACGAAAACGAAAAGGAGAUAGAAAAAGAAAGAAAGAGGAAAGAAAAAAAAGGAGUCAAAGACUUUAAACUUCUCUCUUUUGGGGAGGAAGCAGAAGAGGAUGAAGAGGAAUUUAAAGAAUUAAAUAAGAAAUUCUCUGGGAAAAGUAAGUCGGCUCAUGAUGUUUUGGAUGAUCCAAAAUUGAGUUCGGAACCCGCUUUGGACCAAAAUAGUUCCUCGACUAAAAAAAGGAAAGAUCCUGGUGAAAGCGAUUCGGAAACUGAUGAUAAAGACAUCAAGGAAGAGAAUUUGGAUGCUGAGGAAAAAGAAAAACAGGAAAUGCGCGACAAGGUAAUACAAAAAUUGAAAGAUGCGAAGAAAUCCAAAGAGAUCAGUUCAAAAAAAAUUAAAAUCGAAAAAGAGGAAGAGGAAGGCGAAGAAGAAGAAUAUUAUUUAGGAAAAGAUCACGUGGAUGAAAGAAAACGAAAGGCGGAGGCAGUGAAAAAGGAAAUUCGCGAUUUCAAACGCGGAAUUCAAAAAGAGAAAGCCCAGGUGAAUGAGGCCAAGGAGAAAGAAAAGCAGAAGGAAAAAGAGAAGCAAGACAAAAGUGAAACGAAAAGAGAAUUGGAGGAGCAGAAGAAGAAAAUCAGAGAUGCCAGGGCAAAAUUGAAGACGAUUGACGAUCUCGCUAUUAAGAAGAAGCUGAUGAGCUUUCAAGGGAAAAUUAAGACGAUGCAAGAAAUAUGCGGCGAGGAGUCCGACGAAGCUGAAGAAAAAAAGGAUAUUAAAGACGAUGAGACAAAAGUGGAGGAUCUUCUGACUCACAGGAUACUCUGCGAGGACAAAACUCCCGUUUUGGCGAAGGACGCUAAUUUAAAAGAGGACGAUUGGUUCGAAAUUCAUGAUCCCAGAAAUCCAAUAAAUAAAAGGAGGCGGGGAGAGACCUCCAAGAAGGGAGAAGGCGACCGGGCCAAAAAUCGACAUCCACGCACUUGAGCUUCAAAUUAGGUUACUUAACAUUUUUUUUUAUUUUUUUUUUUUUAUUAUACACGUAAAUUAAGUAAUCAUAAAUUGUAUUGCUUUACAUUUAUUUUACACUGAAUAUUUCUUU